GCUAAGAAAGCAUACAAAAACUCAGAUAUAGAAUAUCUCAAGAUACAAGAUAUUACAAAUAUUAAAGUUAAACUCAUAGGUUCAAUGAAUUCACACCUUGUUGAUAAUUCUAAUAUAAAGGUUGAUAUUAUUGAAACA